UCGGUCCGGAGCGCACUGGCGCGCUGGUUCGUGUCCGACGUAGAAAUGUCAGUUGGAGCCGGGCUCCUACGUGAGGCGGACGCUCUCGCCUCCUGCCCACGCGGCUGCGCCGACAACUUGGAAAGAGACCGCGCGCGCGCUCCUCCUUCUCGUGCUCGUUACUGUACGUCCUGGUAUAGUCGGGGUGCCCAUCGAGAUAACCGGUGCCGCACGUCGCGACGCCUUUGAGACGCCUCGCCGCACUCCGACGGCGCACAUCGAGCUCACCGGCGCGUCGAGAGAGGGCCUCGGGGGACGCGCGUCGCAGGAGGAGGAAGGAAGAUAGAGCGACGUCGCGGGGAAGGCGACAGACAAGGAUGACGCGACGCUCCGGUCCCUCGGACGCGGCUUGAGAGAGCAAGACGGACAGAUCCGCCAAGCUGGAUCCCAACAAGGACGGAAAGACGAAAAUGUCUCCUGCAGGGACACCGGCCGUCGUGGGGAUGCAGCCCCCUGGUCCGCCCCCAACGGGGGUGGCGAUCCCCACGAGUCACAAGAGGACCCGAUGGCGAAGAGUCGCACCCUAUUUGGCCUUCCUGGCCGCCUUUUCCACCGCCAUGGCUCUUCUUCUUGUCUGGAGCGAGGCCGCAGCCCUGAGGAGACAAGCCUUCGACGCUAACAUGACCCGAGACUACGUGCUUGACAGAGUCUCCAUGGACAAUCCCCAGCUGGUCGCAUACAUCCAAGAGGUCCAGCUGAAGUCGACCACUGGUCAAGAUCCUCUCAACGCCACCCAGACUCCGGAGGAGAAAUACGUGGCGACCCUGACCCAGGAAAAGAGGCAGGGAGUGUAUCUGGAAUACAUUAGCAGGGUAGGCGCAACAUCUACCACGACCUGGCUCGAGUCCAGCCUCAACUGGAGAGGAGUCCUAGCCCUGACGGACCCCAGGAGCUUCUUCGAGGCUCGUCGCAGCACCAGGAACCCCAGGACCAGGGUGCUUCACGCUUGCCUCAGCACAGACAGGGAUACCAAAGAGAUUACCUACCACCAAGAGACCGAGGUGCAAGUUACCAAACUAGGAGAAGGUCCUAACAGCCUCCUGACGUCCGACGAGAGUUUGCCGACGACGAGGCUGAAGUGCUUUCCUCUGUACAGUAUUCUGCUCGCUUACAACGUGACGACCUUGGAUUACCUGAGCCUGGACAGUCCAGACGCCCAGGACGGACAGGUCCUGGACACGAUACCCUGGGACAUCAUCAGGAUAUCCGUAUUGUCGAUCCGCUGGAGCUCGCACCACAGCGAGAUGGAGACGAAGAAUCUUAUCGACAAGCUGACGGACAGGCGGUACAAGCUGGUCCAGACCUCGGACACCGGGAAGCUGAUGUUCCUCUACAACAGGUUGCUGAAGAUCUAGCCCAGCUGAUUCUGGAUCGCUCCCUGAAGCUAGGGCAUCCAAAGGGAUCCGCCGAGUUGCAGGAGUUCGGCUUCUGCACGGCGGAUCGGUUUAUUUAUAAGGACUGUCGCGAAUGUCUGGGACGACGAUUCCUUCGCGGGUCUCGAGGACCUUGAAGAAUCUCCGCGAGGACUUUCAAUCUCUGGGAUGGAUCUUCGACAAUGUGCGAAAUGACCGAUGAUCUCUGUUUCAUUCUCUUGAUCCGACCGGAGGGACAAUUGCUCUUCGAGAUUCAGGACGAUCGGAGGUCCUUGAGGCCCGGACAUUCUCUGAGGUGGAAUCCUCGAAGGGGUUUUUUUAACAUCCACCGAAAUUAGGAAUCUCUGAACGGCUCUCUUUUCCGCCGUAAGGCUGGAAAUUAAUGUCAGGAUUAGACGUAACGUGACGUCAGGAUUAAAUAUUACGUCAAAGUGGAAGGUAUAACGUCAGGAUGAUACGCGACAACGUCAGGACAAAAUGUUGCGUCCUAUCAAUGACGUAUGUAAUGCAACGUCAUUACAAAGCGCCACGUGGUGUCGAUGACGGGAUGUAACGUAACCUUAAAGUCAUAAAUGCGAGGCGAUUAGGAGAUAAUCGUAGUUUCAAAGGAAAGGCAGAGAUUCGGGGAUCUCGAUUUUUGAGAAAAAGUUGAAUCCUAGGUGAGACUCACCUACGAUUUACCGAGAGAGGAGGAGAGAGAAAGAGAGAGAGCUCGGCUCGACCUCGGUGCAGCGCCUUAACUCGUACGAUAAGCUGGAGAGAUGUUAAGCCAAAUGAUAACGCGAUUUAAUUUCUUACGUGUUUUUACCGUAGGUUCCGUUUACUGCAAGGAGAUGGGGAGGGGACGUCGUUUUACGGAGAUCGCGCAGAUUUUAUUUUUAGUAAUCACCGCAUUCACCGCAUCGCACGCGUCUCGCAUUAAUAUUAAGGGGAUGCGAAAGUUGCGUUAAUGAAUUGCCCGUGACACUUAUCUCCGAAUUGGGUGUUCCCAAUUCUUACAAACUUUACCACGUGAAUGGUGGAGGCUGUUAGGAAGGUCCCUCCACCCAUGCGAUUUCAUUUUUUGUAGAAAAUUUUUAAUACUUCUAUUAAGAAAUUAAAAAGAAAUUUAACCACGGGUGGACGGACUUUCGCUAUGGCCUCCGUAUUCACGUUGUAAAGUCUGAAAUUAUAUUCAUAAACCCUUUUCAAGGCCACUAUCGCACCGCCUUAAUACGCAAACGCAUCGUCACCUGUUAAACCAUCGCGAAUACAUUUUUCUUUCCUAGUUUUAAUUUUCCAUACGAAAAUCACAAACCAUUUUCCACGGUGUGAGCUCUUAAAAAAGUUUGUAAAAAUCAUUGGGGAUGCUCUUCGAAUUAUUUUUCUUUUUUUUUCCCCUUCAAAAUAUGAAGUUAUCGAGGGAUAAGGAUUUCUUCGGGGAAAUGGAUUCGCGACUCUUGCAAGUGCAUUGUUCAUAAAUAUACACGAGGAGUUACCUGUAAAAGCAUCGAGAAUUCAUUUUUCUCAUAAUUCAACAUUUUCGCGUAAAGUAAUAUGAAAUAAAGAAAAAAGAUCUGCAAGACAGUUUUGCAAUUUCCCUAUCAAAGCUUUGCUCAUUAUCCAUGUGAAAGUGGUAAUUACUUCCGCGGUUGAAAAUUUUGCACAAUUAAUCAGGGACGGUUUUUUUUCUUUCCUUUGAUCGAAAUUGUAGAAAAAUGGAUUCGCGAGGCUUGCAUGGAAAACCGACUCACGGAAACCACGCAGUGAUAAAAUCAGUGAGCUAUCCUAAGUACCAUAAGUAACGGGCCUUAUUAGCGAGUAAGUUGAUAUAUUUCUCGGCGAGGUUUGAAGUAACUUCGAGAGAUUAAGAGAUAUCGAGACUAGGCUCAGGCCAUCGGCGCAAUUAGUAUUUAGCAAUCAAUUAGUUAGGCUACUGUCCUUUCCCUCUCUUUCUACUAUUUUCCCUCGCUCUCUCCUCUUUUACGACCUACCACGACGGGCGCAAUUUACUUUAAAAGCCUCAGAAAUCGAAUAUCAAGGUGAUACGAUAGUGGCGCCUAAAAGAUAACGUUUAUUCGGCUUUUCUUCCAACUGGGUCUCCCGAAAUAAUUGAAAUCUUCCCAAGUUAAUACGGAGGCCUUAAGGAAGGUUUCGACAUUUUGCAAAAAAUCACCAGGAUGCUUAAUCAAGAAUUUCUGAAAGAUAUAAUUCCACGGACGUCAGAACUUUUUUUACCGCAUCUAUGUUCGAUGUUGUAAAAGUUCAAACGAUUCGAUACAAAUAAUUUCGGGGAAAGUUUCAUUAACGAUUAACUAUUCGGACGCCACUUUCGUAGCGUCUUAAGGCCGCCAUUUUGUAUCAGACGAUCGGACGUCGCAACGUCUCGAGAUAGAAAUUUUCAUAAUAUUUCUGGAGGAGAAGUUUCCUUAAUAAAAGAAGAUAAAUCCUCGACAAGACCCGCGACCGAUCGAGGAGGGCGUCGCAAGGUUUCGGUGGUUCUUUUUCGUUAAAAAAAAAAAUGGUUGAUAAAUAAUUAUAUAGCUAAUUAAGCGCGCUCCUCGGUCGCCGGUUUCGAUCGUCUUAAUUAUAGAGAAAAACCUCGCUCGGCGCGAGUACCUUUUUUCUUUUCCUUCGUUUCCUUUUCUUUUUUUUUAAAGCCAGGCUUCCCCUCUUCUUUCAAUCUGGUUUCCUCUUCCUAAUUUCUUUUAAACUGUUCCAACGCCUUAAGGCUCGACAGUGCACAGAAAUACGUAAGAGAUUUCGUUUUACGAGGAAGCAAGUUCUUUUCGAUAAGCAAUAAAUCGUGAUAUUAUAUUUUGA